AUGGUCCACGUCCCGUCCCGCAAACAGCUUGAGGUGAUGAAGAGAGUUGACAUACAACGACUCUGCAAGGACUUUGGCGUCAAGGCCAACCUUAAGACGGAGGCCCUCAUCGACCUCCUUGUUGACGCAUCCAGCCCCCUCCCUCCACGGCCAACCACAAUCCACCCUCAUCGGCCAAGCCGCAUUCCUAGCCGCACCUCGGCUAGACAGCGCAAUCGUUCGAAUGGCUCCAUGGUUGUCCAUGGCUCGGACGAAGAACGAACUGUCCCUCCAAAGCCGUCCACCAUUGAAACCCAUCAGUCAUCUCUUCCCCCCACAGACAUUCACAGCCGAAAAGCAAAGGUAACACAGUACCGGCUUGGCGUUGGCCGGCCUACAGCUGCUGGAGGAAGUGGAGCGCGUAUUGUCACCAGGUCUUCCAACUCGUCAAAAGGCAGCAAGCCUGGUCCAAGUGCUCGGCCUGCCCAAGUGACUGGUGCUCCUAUUGUAGAAGAAGAAGAUGUCAGGUCACUCGCCUCUAAAGUGAACGACCUAGCUCGAGAUAACAGCGUUGGUGCAUCAGUUCCAACACCCCGCUCUACAAACGAGCGCAGGCCGGCACUACCCGUCGCUUCCUUAGAGUCGAUGCAUCAAGUUGUGGCGGAAGCUAUGAAACCGUUAAAGAAGGAGAACGAAUCUCAAAAGCAAGAGCUCAAAAACCUACAGCAAAAGGUGGAAAGCCUCGUUGAGGACUUUGAAACUAAGAUCCGGGUCCUCUCGUCUGAAAUCGACAAACUACGAGAACGGGUACCCCGAGCAUCGAUUCAUGAGACUCACCGGGCUCCCAUGCCCCCUCCUACUCCGAAGCGAGUACGCACACCACCACAACCUUCUGCCUUAGGAGGUCCAUUCAUCGAGAGACCUUCCGUUCAUGAUGCUUCAACAUCCUACUGGCCACCAGCCUCGACAUCCAAGUCUCCCGAGCGACCUCCUGCAUUCGUUCCAAGUUUGCUCGGAAAGCGCCCGCGAGACUCGAUCACCAGUGACGCUACAGGGUUGUUUGAACAAGGAGAUGAAUACGAGCUGACGGAUGAGCAGCUAGCAAAGCUCGUCCCUAGACCUCCUCCAAAACGCGCCAAGAUACAGGGCGACUCGGACGUUGCCGGAGGAUCUUCAGGGGCGCACAUGGACAUAGAUGGCGGUGGCCAAGAUCCUUCAAUCUCCGGCGACAUCGAAAGGAUCAAUGAUGACACGCGAACCAUGGGUUCACCUCCACCCGCAGAGCGCCUUCCGGACUUCUUUGCCACAUCACCAACUCCCACAGGUGAUGGUGCUGGGCCUAGUAUGAUGGACGUUCACUCGUAUAAUUUUAACUUCCUACCGACAGCCACUCCUGCUCCCAAUAGCCUUCCGCUUGCGAUGGGCACUUUCCCCUACCCGGAGCCCCCGACGUCCCCUUCCCCAGCCGAUCGACCAAAUAGCCGAACAUCACAACGGUUUACUUUCGGCAUUGGACGCGGAUCGACCGGAAGAACACAACCUCCCACCUCAGCUCCUUCCGAGGUCGCAGGAGCAGGUUCCGGCACGGUCGACCCCGCCUCAUUGCGGAGUAUACGGCGGCAGCCCUCGAGUAGUGAAAUUGGCGCAGGGUUCGGACUCACCAACCUAGCAACCGGAGAUGCUGAUAUGGAUGAUAUGCCUGCCGUCAAUCGAACAAUGUUUGGGACUGAGCUCGAAGGCGAUACGCGUUUCGGAGACUUUGGCGUCGAUGGCGUCGCGAGCGGUUUUUGGACAGGGGGUCGCAUUUGAAUUACACAGCAUACUCUCAUUUUUUGUUUCUCUAUCGCAACUUGUAUUUUUCCCUGCAUGCUCUGGCAUCACUCAGCUUCGCUAACAUUAAUCUUAUUAAAGCUUUUCAUCUAUUAAUUCAAUCGCUG